UGAAAUACACUUUCGUGUUAUAUAGCUAAUGACGUUGAACGAAGAAAAUAAAUAUUUUUAUAAAUACGAAAGUAUUAAAAUAACAAAAAAAGCAUGGCCGCCGUUAAAGGCAAAAGGAUAGUAAUGGCCAUAAUAGCUAAAAUAUUCAUCCUAAGUAGCAUUUUUACGUCUCAUCAUGUACGCGUUGAUGCUGUAGAGAGUCAUGGCCAAGCCUUUAUUCAAACACACAAUGGAAAACUGGAGUAUACAAGUAAUGGGUUUGGAUUACCAUCAUCUGAUGCGCUUGAUUUAAGUGUUGGGGAUGAUGGCUACAUACCUGUACAGUUUGAUCCUUAUAUGCUAGACUUUGGUGAACAGUCUGUGGGAAUACCUAACAUGCAGACGGUCACCCUUCGUAACCCAGAUCCUGGCAGAGACCUUGAUCUUCUCUCCAUAUCUGGGAGUACUGUACAUUUCCACUGCGCAUUCUUCAAAGAAAAGGUGGUGCCACCUGGGGGCAAUACAACAUUUGAUGUCGUGUUUCUUGCUCGUGAAGUUGGCAGUGUAGAGAACACUCUGUAUAUACAUACCUCACAGGGUGUUUAUAAAUACCAAGUGUUUGGUGUUGGAAUAGCAAAUCCAUAUCGUGUAAAACCAUAUUUGGGAGUGCGACUCCCUAUAAACCAAACAUUUGCCCAGCUUAUAUAUAUACACAAUCCUCACAGGGUCACAUUGCAGGUUACUGAAAUGUUUUCCAGUGGGGGAGAUCUCCACCUAGAGUUACCCACAGGGGCUGAUGAUAAAGAAGCUGUGAAGUCUGUAUGGGAAAUUCCACCAUAUGAAACUCGUCCUGUGAUGAGAGCAGCAUUUGUAGGACGUACAGAAAAUAAUCAUACCAGUUUUAUAAGAAUAAAAACAAACACCCGCAAGAAAGAUUUGGAAGAAACUCUUGUUAUUCCCAUGGAGUUAGAAUCCUCAUCAGCACCAGGUAUCUAUUCACCUUAUCACAUGAUAGAUUUUGGAAUUGUCCGCAGCUUGGAUGAAUCAAAAACCCUAUCAGUCUAUAUCAUCAAUGGAACUCCUAAAGAACUGAACCUAUGGAGUGUGUCAGUUCAACCUCCAAAUAGUGCUAUUUCUAUAUGGUUUGAGCAGCAUACCAUUAUAACAGGCAAAUACAAGUGGUUCCCAAUAGCUGAGAUUACAUUCAAAGCUUCAAAGGUUAAAAGUAAACGCCAGUGGACAGGCAACAUCAUCAUCAAAGCUGAUAAUGGGGAAUAUAAACUAACAAUACCUUAUAGAGCAGUAGUUUUACGGGGGUCAUUGGAGUAUGAAGAAAAUAAAACCAAGUUCCACAUAGAUAAAGAGACAUAUGAGGACGAAGUGAUUCGAGACAUUACAGUAACAAACCAUUUCAACUUUACCAUAGCUGUCUAUAAUAUAUCUUUGCCAGAGACAGCAGCUCCUCAUUUAUCUAUAGUUGACUACUCUCUGCCACUCCAUCUUGAGAUAGAUAAAGCACAGACAAUAUGUAAGCUGAUGUUUCAUCCCAACUCCUCUGAUCUCCACUUCAACACCAAAUUACACAUACACUCCAAUGCCUCAGUCUUUCAUAUACCAAUCAUCAUCUACAAUGGAAGGUUGAAGGUAUUAUAUGACCAACCAGAUCCUCAAGCAGGGCAGCUAGACUUUGGCACAAUGGGUGUAGGGGAGCAGAGGAGUAUGACAUUUUCAUUGAAUAAUGUUAACCCCCUUGAGAUCGUAGUGCCAAUGAUAAUCACAAACUUACCACGCGUCAAAGUGACAUUACUAGGAUUAGAGAAGGGAGAGGGUAGACAAUUGACAAAACAGCAUAACAUUAGUGGCCUUGAAACCAAUCCACUUGUCAUACCUCCAGGCCAUUUUGCAGUGUUUAAGGCAGUGGUCAGUGCCCCCAAAGAAGAGGGCUAUUUCAUUAACAAUAUCUCUAUAUCAACUCAAUAUGAGAAUCUCCAAAUUCCUCUGAAACUGAGAGCUGCUAAGGGCAGUUUAACUCUAAAAGGCAGCAACAUUCUACUCAGCAAUGCAUUCCCGGGCAAGAUACCAUAUAGAAACCUCACAAUACACAGUUCAUUCAGCCAAUCCAUGGAGCUACAGAAAGUCAUGUUCCAACCCCAUGAUAGUAGGUUUUACUUCACACCAGCCAAAGAUCUAGUAGUCCUCGAGCCAAAUAAAGAUACAAAGAUUGGUACGGUGUAUUUUGAUGUUCAGGGCAGGUGCCGUGUAGGAGAUACCUGUUAUGCUGGUCAACCCACAUCCACUCAAACUGGGCAUCGAUGGUUGGUGGGAAUGACCCUUGAAGAAGAAGUUGCAAAUACAGACCAGUAUUUAUACACACGGUUCCAGCAGAAAUGGGAUGAAGUUAAACCUAACUCGGUGGUGAAUACUACAUUACAAGUUGACACCAGCCAAGUAAAGGGGUUCCAUUUCUCAGCUCAGGCCAGCUUACAAUGGCCAUCACUUGUCAAAAAGUCUGCCAAGAUAAAAUUUCCACUAACUCAAUUAGGAAACAUAUCAAUAUCUACAUUCACAGUUGAAAAUCCGAGUGAGUUGCCAGUUUUACUACAAAUAUUGCCAAUCUCCCACUACCCUAGUCCUCAGACCAUCCUCAACCUGAUGGCUGACCAACUCCCCUCAUACAUCAAUGACGUCACAAUCAACAAUACAGACACAUUCAUACUUAGUGACCUAGAACAAUAUAAUUCAUCAUUCAAAAACCCAUUCCCACAGUCUAGAAAGCAGAUAGAAGUGACUCUUGGUGUGAAGCCAGACAGAAAGACCAUAGCAAUGUUGCUAGGCCCUGGUGAGAGGAGAGACCUACAUGUGGGCUUCACACCUACCAACAGCAGAACAGUCACUUCACUUAUACUCAUCAGGAAUAACCUUACCGUAAUAGACACUGUGGUGGUACAAGGGAGAGGAGGCCAAGGGGAGCUUAAGAUAAGCAGUAAACCUCCUGGUGUGACACUCAAGUUUGACAUGAAAGUUGAACAUUUGAAGAAUUGCGAGCGCUCUAAGAAGAACCCAGGAUCUGUGCCAAACUUUACUGUAAAGAAGGAGUUUCUCUUGAAAAACACUGGUCAGCUGCCAUUCUAUGUCCACAGCCUGGCUAUCAACAAACUGCACUGCGAAGGAUACGGUUUCAAAGUACUGGAGUGUAAUAGCUUCGAACUUUUACCAAAUGUGGAGAGAAAAAUUAACAUAGCGUUCACACCAGACUUUACAAUGUCUCGUGUCCAGCGUAAGCUGUCUGUCUAUACAAGCCUAGGACCACCUUUAAACUACACCCUUAUGGCAACACUACCAGCCUUCAUGCUGUCCAAGUGUUCAGCUUCUUUACCUAGACCCCCUUGGGAACCAGUCGUAUACUACUCAACUAUUUGCACAAUGGGAUUUGUUCUAUUCUGUAUUAUGGUUGCAACCUACCUUGAAGCAGAUCGAAUUUUAACAUCUGAUAUUUUGCGCCAGAGAACCCGUGUUGCUAAUACAUUUGAUCGUUCAAAAAUAUUUGAUUUAAGGACGUUAGCCAAUAUGAGAUAUAACAAUGAGGCAAAGUCAACAAGUUUACAGAAAAAUGGUCACGAUAUAUCAAAUGGUAACUUGGAUAAACAUAAGAAAGAUGAAUCCUCAACCAUUACUGUGACUAAUAAUAUCCAGCAGAACAACACGCCUAUACGGUCAAUUUAUGAACGCCAGGGAUCAUGUGAGAAAGAAGUAAAAUCCAACAACAAUCUGCCAAACAAUAUGAAACUAAACACUGAAACAGAUACAGUGGCAUUACAUGAUCCAACUAUGCCAUCUUGUGUUACUAACAUUAAAGAUACACUGAAGAAAUCCAAAGCGCCGAGAAAACAACAAAAUAUCUCCUCCUUGGAUAUGAACAACAUGGAGAUGAACUUCUCAAAGUUGCCUAGCAGCAAAGAUAUGUUGCUUAGUAACAAGAAGAUUGAGAAUGACUUGAAAACAGUUCUAAACAAUGAAAAGAACAGAACUCAGAUUAGCAACCAUAGCAACACACACACUAGUACGCAAAGCACCAACACUCCAUCGUCAAACAUCCUUGAUGAAAUCAACCUAGAAACACUGUUACCACAACACCCUGACAUUACCAUGGCAGCUGUUGAUGAUGUUGAUGACAACACAACAGAUUCUGCUAACAAGAAAGAUUUCAAAAGCAAAACCAAGCGAAGACAACCAAAAGCUCUUCUGAAAAGAGCAGAGAAAGACAGGCGUCAGAAAGAAAAGCAGCAACGCAAAGAAAUGAUUGAAGUUGACAAAGAUGAGACAUCAUCAACUACUACAGAGUCAUCUGGUGUUGAUGUGGAUGAGAAACCAAUUAUCAUACGAGAGUUGACACUUGAAAAUGAACCAACCACAACACAAACAGAAAAACCUGACAAAAAAGCCAAAAUGAAGCUGGCUGCUGAGAUCAAGAAAAAAUCUCUGGACAUCUGUGAUGACAUGGAUGACUUUGAACUCCAGCGCAAGGCAAAGGCUAGCAAAGGCAAAGCAGAGCAGCAGAUUAAAUACAAGAGGGAGAAGAUCAGCCUGCCUUAUGUGACAGAAAAUGAGAGAAAAGAAGCUAAGCAGAACCCACUCUCCCCUCAUCAGAUUGCCAACGAUGCUGCCGCCAAAAUACUGAAGAAAAACAAGCCCUCUAAGCUAAAGACAAAAGGUCCUGUGCGAUUAAUCACAGCUGAUUCUGACUCUAGCGAAGUUGGGAAAGAUUCACCACCUAUUAACCAAAGUCUGUCUCUAUGGGAUCCGCCAUCACCCAUACUCCAUGACAAUGACUUGAGUGAGCUGGCAAGACAGACGCAGGAAUUUGCCAGCAAACAAGGGCGUAACUCAGUGGGAAGUCAUUCCCCAGAGUCCCUUAGUCCUGGCAUACGUGUGGGCAGUAGCUACAGUAAUGCUGUCAGCCAUGGAGGUGACAAGAAGUUGUGCUCUGACCCCACCUCACCAUUUGCAUCACUUAUAGAAGGUACUAUGGAUCCUAGUGAGACUACAUGGAAACUGAACCCUGCGGCAGCCCCAUUUACCAGUACAAGUGUGUAUCAACCAAUCGAAAUGCCUCCUUCACACAACACCAAGAAGGCAUCUGCUGCAACUGACCAGAAACUGGACUCAGGAUUUGGGACAUCUGUAAGCAGUGGGAAAUUUGAUUACCCAGGAUUCAAUGUACCAAGAUCACAGCAAAGUUUGAUGCAAGAGUUGCGUGAAGAGAGACAGCGUAGAUUUGAGGAAUACAAACAGAAAAUGGCACAAGAUGUGGGAAGAUGGCCAGGGUUUGAUCUCUCUCCAGCUACACAGAGUAUGGAGUCACUGUGGGACACAACAACUGCCCCCUCAGACACAUGGUCCACAAUCACUCACUCUCCGCCACGGUCUUCUGCCCCAACAGCCCUCUGGAACAGCUCCACUGCACCAGCAACCUCCUCACCCCUCGGGACCACCCCAACGUCUGCCUCAAACUGGACUGUGAUGUCAUCCAUAUGGGGCAGAGGUGGAGCUCCUAGUCCAUCAUCCCGUGAUAGUUCUGUUUUGGAGGUCCCCGACGAAAAUUCUACCUUCAGUGACACUAGUGGCAAGCAGCCUGUUGGUGGAUUUGACCCAUUCAACACACUUGGCAGCAUUUGGCAACCAGCUGCUCCCUCUGGUGGAGACAAUUGGAAAAUGCCAGAUGAUAAGGAUGACAAAUAGAUGAUACCACAACAAGGACUGAUGUUCACUCUUUAAAACUCCAUAAAUCUACACUAUUCAAUAACAUACAGAUAACGAGACUUUUCCACAUAUCCUGUAUAGGAAAAUGUCUGGUCAGCAAGGAAAUGAAGUUUAAAAGUCAAAGAUGCUAUUAUAUAGUAUACACUAUACAAACUACACAUAACUGACCCAAUCUUGACAUAUAUAGCCUGAGGUAUCAGUUGUGUCACCAUUGAAUUAACAAUCUUCAAUACAGUAUAUCAAUCCUGAAUUUUAAAUUUAAUACUUAACAAUCCCAAUAAUAUAUCAUUCAAUACUGCAAUCCUUCAUAUAUCAUUUAAUAAGUAUCCUUAUUCCUUUAUGUGUCAAUUAAUACACUUACAGUGUACAUGUAGUACCAACAGAAUUCUAAAAAGCAAGCCCAAUAAUGUCUUAUUUAAGAACUCCUAUUCUUACUAUUGAAAAUGGAUUCUAGCAAUACUAUCCAACAUGAAUCUACUUGUUGAGACUCGAUCGACUUGAGUUCUUCUGAGAAA